UGCUGUGCCUUGUCACAUUUUUGCAGAACAUGAUAGCCGCACGGCUCGCGGUGAGAAUGAUUUAGGCGUCUCUCCAAAAUACAAACAAGGUGCUGCUGCUGCGUGUUUUCCUGGGACCCUGGAUAUCAGAGAGCGGGGUCUGAAGGACAGGAAGCGGGUUGUUGUAGCCUAGCGCACGGAGGGAGACCGGUUCAUUGACGGGGCUGAUAGGAGUCCACCCGGGACAACCGACCGUAAACCCUAAAGGACAAACUGCAACUACACGGGAUUUCCUCCUUUCCAUAUUUGCGCUUUUCAUCCCAUUGAUAAUUUUCCUGCCUCGCGCACUUGGGAGAUUUUUAUCCUCUUUUUUGGGAUUUUUAUUUUCUCUUCACGGUGUGGAUACAUCCUCAAAUGUUGCUCUGUGUUUGAGCAAGGCCGAAAGGACCCAUAUAUAUAUAUUCUGCUGAAGUUAUUUUAUUAUUUGUGUGCGUAAACCCAGCCGUGUUUCUCACAUUGCACACCAUGCAGAUUGUUCUUUUAAAUUAUGUUUUCAAAUUGAGCGCAGCCGAUUAGGCUUUUCCAGACACUGAUUCACUGCCUCGGUUUGGGGUUUCGAUCAAUACAGGAGAAAAAAAGAUGCCAAAUGUUAAAACGCUCCCACUGUGUUUGGAUUUACCACUUUUCCUUCGAUUUUAAUGCAGUUUCCCCCUCGUUUGGCCCCCUUAGUUUCUACCUCUGUUGGUGGCGAGCUGAAAACCACAAGGCUCGCGUUUUCCUGCCACAAUAGUUCGCUUUUUGAUAAUAACCCCUUGCUAUCGUCCUGCUCCGUAUGAUGUAUGAGAGCGUGGACGUUGUGGGACUGACUCCCAGCCCGAACCCGUUUUUAAUGAUGGAUUACUACAACCAGAGCAGAGGAUGCUUGAUCCCGGAGAAAGGACUGGUGCCCGGAGCGCCCCAUCCGUACAGCACGUCCAUCAGGAACCAGCACUGGAACGGCUCCAAUCACUGCUAUCCACAGUGCGAAAGAAAGCGAUCACCAGGGAUUUCCAUAGAGAGUAGACGAGGCAGAGAGAAGGCGAUAGAGACCCAGAGUACCAGCUCAGAAGAGAUAGUGCCAAGCCCGCCCUCGCCUCCGCCGCCGCCCCGCAUCUACAAGCCCUGCUUUGUGUGCCAGGACAAGUCCUCAGGGUACCACUAUGGUGUCAGCGCCUGUGAAGGCUGCAAGGGCUUCUUCCGGAGAAGCAUCCAGAAGAACAUGGUGUACACUUGUCACCGGGAGAAGAACUGCAUCAUUAACAAAGUCACCCGCAACCGCUGCCAGUACUGUCGGCUGCAGAAGUGCCUGGAAGUCGGGAUGUCGAAGGAGUCAGUGAGGAACGAUCGGAACAAAAAGAAGAAGGAUGACAAGAAGCCGGAGUGCAUGGAGAUCUACGUGCUGAGUCCUGAAACGGAGAGGAUGAUCGAACGGGUUCGAAAGGCACACAAGGAAACGUUUCCCUCCCUGUGCCAGCUGGGCAAAUACACUACGAGUAACAGCUCAGAACGACGUGUAUCUCUGGACGUAAACCUGUGGGACAAGUUCAGUGAACUGUCCACCAAGUGCAUCAUAAAGACGGUGGAGUUUGCUAAGCAGCUGCCCGGCUUCACAACGCUCACCAUCGCCGACCAAAUCACUCUGCUAAAGGCCGCCUGUCUGGACAUCCUGAUACUCCGGAUCUGUACGCGCUACACACCAGAGCAGGACACCAUGACUUUCUCAGAUGGACUCACGCUAAAUCGAACCCAGAUGCACAACGCAGGUUUCGGCCCUCUCACCGACCUGGUUUUUGCCUUUGCCAACCAGCUCCUUCCUCUGGAGAUGGACGACGCAGAGACGGGGCUGCUCAGCGCCAUCUGUUUGCUCUGUGGAGAUCGUCAGGACUUGGAACAGGCAGAGAAGGUGGACGUCCUGCAGGAGCCUCUACUGGAGGCGUUAAAGAUUUACGUAAGGAGGAGGAGGCCCCACAAACCGCACAUGUUCCCCAAGAUGCUGAUGAAGAUCACCGAUCUGAGGAGCAUCAGCGCUAAAGGAGCCGAGCGAGUCAUCACCCUGAAGAUGGAGAUCCCCGGCUCCAUGCCCCCCCUCAUCCAGGAGAUGUUGGAGAACUCAGAAGGUCUGGAGAGCGCGGCGGCAAGCAGCCGGGCGAGCGGCGCCCCCCCCGGCUCCUGCAGCCCCAGCCUGUCCCCCAGCUCGGCCCAAAGCAGUCCCGCCACACAAUCGCCGUAGAAGCGGCCCACCUUUUUUUAAUUUUCCGUCACGAUGUUCUCUGCGUUCUUAAGAGGGGUGAAGGGGGGGGGGGGGCCUGGACCCUGACUGUUGAACACCAGCAGAGCCAACCUCCUCCUCUCCUUACGACACAAACGCCCCCCCCCCCCACCUCCUGAUCUGCCUUUUCCUCACCGUCCUGAUGUGAGGGGGGGUGAGGCCGGGGCGGGCCGGGGCGACAGGACGCCUCUGAGAGACCACAUCGUAAACACUGCUGAAGACCCCCCCCCCCCCCCCCCCCCCUUCUCCCUCCACUCUCUCCUCCACUGCUGCUCCUCCCCUCUCCACCUUUCUCCUAAAGACUCAUGGAAACGGAUGCAGUGGCGAUCAGUUUUGAUUGGAAUCGAGAGUGGGCGGGGCAACGCGGGACAGAUGUAUGAUCAAGGACAAUUCAUUCAGACUGACUUGAUGAACACCAGACACUUUUUUUUGUUGAACUCUGAGGCAGACUGCAAGCUUGGGACUUGUCAAAAGACCCCCCCUCCUCAAAGACUCUGGGUCUUUUCUCUUUUUCCAACUUAAAAAAGACAGAUUUCGUACAAAAGAUAUAUAAAUAUAUAUAGAAAAAAGUUAUUGUGAUGGACACGUCCGGAACAGAAUGGCAGGUUGAAAUGACGACAUGUUUUCUGAGAGUAGAAAUGGUUGUACUCCUUCACUGUUUGAAUCUUUUCAUACCCAUCGAGAGUAUUGAGAGAGACCUUUCAGUUUUAUCACAUUUGUACAUUAUUCUAAUUAAGGAAAAGCAAAAGAUGUUGAAAUUUCUCUCCAGUCUACACAUGCAAACACACACACACACACACACACACACACACACACACACACACACACACACACAAAUGUGCACAGAAAACAAGUCGCAAUGAAUAUCACCUACUAUUCCAGGUUGGAUUUGUUUUCCUUUUUUCUUUUUUUUGCUUCCAAGAGAAUGGAAAAAAAAUGAUUGUAUGAACUUGGUUGUAUGAUAUGGUCACAGGUCCUUUCAAGAAAUCAAAUUAAUGAAGAUUCAUUAUUAAGGUGUAUUUUAAGUAGCCUUUGAGUUUGUGUAUAUAAGCUGUAUUCAUUUCUUUAAAACUAUGAAGAGUUUUAGGCUUCACCUGAUUUUUUUUUUUUUUUUAAGAAUACCUUUUAUGUGUUUUUGUUUAUAGGUUUGUGAUGCAAGAAAAUACAUUUUGAGCACAUUUUACUGAAGGAAGUUCUUUCAUGUUUUGUGUACUAAAUACUGGACAGACUCUUAACCAAUCACUGGCUGUUCAGGAUGUGGCUUUCACAGACAAUUUAAACCUCCCCCUCUCACUUUUAAAAGAUGUUUUACAUACAGUAGAUUGACAAAGUAGCACUCCAGUCGGGGCAUAGCUUUUUUUUGGCCGUGUAGCAGAAAGAAAUUGUGUUUUUCUGAAAAUGGUGAGCCGGACGUCACUUGGAGCCGGCCAGGUUCAAGUGAGCCACAGCAGCUCAGCUUCAAAGAGAGUUCAAAUGUGAAGAAUGGUGUACAUACACACUGUAUUAAACACAAGUGAUUUUCAGUAGCCUCUGAAUGGAUCAAUAAUCUGUAGUGGAUGGUAAAAGAAUAGAUUGUAGUGAUACCUCUGCUCUCUCAGCGGUCAGGCAAGUGAAGGUCCCAAAUGUGAUGUUUGUCAACUAAGUCCUCACAAAUGUUCCCCAUCUGGCAACCUGUGGUAGAAACGAGUAUGUGACUUUUUUGCCGGAUCCAGAGCAACCUCGCACCCUGUGACUCACUUUACGCCAAAACGCCUUCACCGUUAACACACGUUUCAUCUUCUAGACCAUCAUUACUGUACACACGCCAAUGUCUCAGGAAGGAAUCAUUUUGUGUGCUUGGCCUGUUCUAUGUUUCUGUGCUGCACCCCCCCUAACCCUCCUAUCACAGAUGCACACACACACGUCUGCUACUGAGCCCCUGAAUUUUAUUUCACUCGUUUUUUUGUUCGGCCUGGCAGACCAGGACCUGUGCAGAGAGACACUUACCCUGCAACGUUACGACAUAGGAUGCCAGUGUGGAGUCUCUCCGAGUCGUUCAUGUGUUCUUUUUAUUUGUACGGUCAAUGCUGCUUUCAUCAUUUAGGACUUCACCUGUCCAGAACAGCGCACAACUUUUCCCUCCACAGCUAAUCUGGAAUAGCAAGAGACACACCGUCAGUUUGAGAAAUAUGGAAUAUGUUGCAAUUUUGUCAAGAUUAUCAAGCGACUUUGGAAAAAAACAAAACAACAAAAAAAAAAGAUUAAAAUAAAACCAACAUUUAAUAUUA